ACCGAAAUUUAUUACCCUACUACUAGUGCCGACUCCUCUUGCUGCCAGAUACCAUAAUAUACAUAGCGCAAGCAGCUCACAGCUAUACAAGCACUACAUCUACUGUCAAAUCACCAUGGGAAAAGCAAGCAGUGGAGACGGGAACAACUCUGGGAAAAGGACAGCUCAGAAACACAAGUUCUACAAGUUUGGCGCAGGAGGCGGGGACAAAGGAAACGGCAAUGGCGGAGAAAAGGGCAACCAGGAUGACCAAUCAAAUGAAGGGAAAGAACAUCCAAAAGUAUUUCCGUUGGAUAAGUAUAGAGAGAAGCCCCUUCCAGAAAAGCUCUCAUUACCAGGCAUACUUAUAUCUACCACAAAGGAUAAGGAAAAAGCAGCAGAGUUGGAGAUAAUCAAACACCUCGAGAAGAUAGCAGACGAGCUUUACCACGAGUCCUCUGAAGGACAAGAGGACUCACACGAGGGCAAUCUGGAUUUCGAAGAGAUGCUGAAAAGGGAUUUGGAAUCCAUGAAAGACCAAAGCACAAAGUCUCAAAGAUUCAGAUUGUGCAGCAGGGAGGGUUUCUGCUUGAUAUAUGUCAUUGUUUUACCUCCACUACAACCCCAUCGACUCGUUGAAUAUAUCCUCGAACAGGCAGCAUCAACAGGAAAGUGUCCCCUGAGGCACUGUAAGAGACUGAUACCCAUACCGGCAACAGCUAGGGCAACUUUACGCCAACUGAGUGAAGUGACUGCCUCAGUUGUCAAAUCGGGCUUUGAAUCUCCAGAUGGACAAGCUUUCAAGUUCGCAGUCAACGCAAAUUCCCGUAGCUCAGACAAGCUUGAGAGGAUGGAAAUGAUCCGGGCAGUCGCUGAGCAAGUUGCAAUGCUAGGCGGAGGGCAUACAGUGGACUUGAAGAAUGCCGAUAAGACAAUCUUGGUUGAAGUGUAUAAGAACAACUUGGGAGUGACUGUUUUGAACGAUUACGAAAAGUAUAAAAAGUACAACCCUGGAGCAGUAGCCGCGCAAGCGGCCCAAAAACAAGCAACUUCAACUCCAUCAAGCGGACGAUCAGUCUUGCCUCUCACUCGGUCGCAUAGUGCAGAACAGGACACGGUUGUAAAGCCAAUACCGAACAAUGAAAAUCGACGCCGUCGUGCUGCCUCCAUAGCCGAAAGCCAUACAUCACCACGCUCUCAGUCAUAUAAAAGAAUAAAGGUUGUCGAGGAAGGUGAAACAGAGAAGACAGAGGAAGAUAUAGAAGCCGGGGAACUUGUCGAAGACGAGGAUACUGUUCUCGGGGACGACUUUGAGGAGAUCAUAGAACAGGGAAGGAUAGUCAGGUUCAGAAAAGACGGCAACUAGACAACGGAGCUAUGCAGAGUCGAGCCUAUCAAGUCAUAAACAUGGGAUGAAACGCUUCUUUUUGCCAGAUGUUUGCCAUUCGUACCCUCUUGGCCUCCCUUCCAGUCCUCUCAACAAGAGCCUUGGUGGAAUCCUUCUCACCGGUUUCGGUAACCUUUCCGUCCACUUGCAGUUUAUUGAAUUCAUUUGAAGGCAGCCUAUUGUAUGAGGCAUUGACAGCAUUUUCGUCAACUUCUAUCGAACGGCACUCUUUUAGAUGAAGAGGUUGUGUAAUGAUGACGCGAUUGGCCAAAAGCCCCAUGUCAUUAUGGCUUUCUUGAAAGUUGUCAGACGUCGGCCGCGAAUCCAAAACAGAAAUGAGUAAAUUUGAUUCUUUGGCACCGUGAGCGCCGCCAUCCUUUACACUGGAGCGCUCUGCAGAGUGCUUCAUUGCAUGGGUGGUAGGAGUAUAUGGUAAUAACUCCACCAUGUCCUGGCUGCCCUGUACGGGUACAGUUUGCAUUCGCAGUAAUCCCGCCCUUUCCUUUCUCCCCAGUGUUUCAAUUCUCGCUUGGUGCAAGGUCGCUGUAUACGGCUGUGUCCAUGUGGCCAUUGAGUCACAUUCAGACGUGUCUCCACUUUGCGAAUGUUCAGAGGGCCGGUGAUGGUAAAAGAGAAUAUCUGUAGGAGAAUCCCAUUGAUUACGAGGAGAUGAAGAACGUCCAGUCGAGCGACGAGGAAUGUCAUAUACAAGGCGAUCAAAUAAGGUGACAGAAAGCUGAGGAGGGCUGGGGUUGAAAGCCAUCGGCGGACGAUGAAAUGUUGAAUCACCUAGCCUUAAGGGGGAAUAGUAAAGUUUAGAUAAUCAUUGAUCUAGAAUAGCUUACCAAAUAAGUUCAUCACCCUGCGCAGUCUUGCAUAGUUCGUCAGGAAAAGGGUUAAUAGACUUUGAGUUAUUGAUAGGUCUGGGAGACGCGGCGAACAUAUCAUCAGUUGUAAUAAGUGCUCUGCGUGAGAAUAUGAAGAUGCGGAUAAUAGGCCCUGGUGGUGACUGAGAAAAGGGAUGGGAUGACUGGUGUAAAUGAUGAUGUGAAUGGUGAGGGAUAGUGGCAAGAAAG